UUCUAGUGAUCUGGAUCUUCGGACCUGUUCUGCUAUGAAUAUCACUUACCUCUUGUAAACAGUAAUAUUUUGAAUGACGUAUCAGCAAAACAACGAUUUAUGAUUGUGAAGGAAGGAUGUCUAGUUUAAAAAUAUUGGUUUCUGGUGAUGUUGAAGGUCAUUUCAAAACGCUCUUUACCAAAGUUGCAACGCUUCAUCAAAAGAAAGGCCCUUUUGAGUACUUAUUAUGUGUUGGAAACUUCUUUAGUGCAAAUGAGGAUGAAUGGAAGGAUGUUAAAUCUGGCAAAAUAGCAGUACCUAUAACUACAUACAUAUUAGGACCAAACCGGAGAGAGCACUUGCGUUUUUAUUCAGAGGAUUCAAGUGAAAUAGCACCUAAUGUAAUAUAUUUAGGGAAGCGAGGUGUACUUACUGGUAGUUCUGGUUUGAAAAUAGCAUAUUUAAGUGGAUUAGAGCAAAGAGAAUCAAAUGAAUUUUCUUUUUCUAGAAAAGAUGUUACUGAACUUGUUGCAAGAGCAUCUAGUAGUGCUGUUGAUAUUUUUUUAACUUCCCAAUGGCCACGAGGAGUCACAAAAUAUGCCAAAUCUCCUGACAAUUUUGAUACGACAAAUACUGACUCAGUCUCAGUUGCCUACUUAGCAAAACUUUUGAAACCUAGGUAUCAUUUUGCUGGUAUUUCAAGAGUGUAUUAUGAGCGUCUUCCAUAUAGGAAUCAUCAAGUGCUACAGGAAUUGCCUACUCAUACCACUCGUUUUAUAGGGAUGGCAUCAGUUGAUAAUGAAAAGAAAUUAAAGUGGUUGUAUGCUUUUAAUAUCACCCCUUACUGUUCAAUGGCUUCCAAAGAGUUGACAAAUACAGCCGGUCCAGUCACUGAAUGCCCAUAUGGUGCUGAAGAAUGCAACAGCCAGUUUUUUUAUGACAUGAGUUCAUCGUCUGGACAGCAGAAACGAUCCAUGAAUGAAAAUGAAAGUUAUAAAUCUAAAAAGAAACAAAAUGUCAAUGUAUCACAAGAAAGUUGUUGGUUUUGUUUAACAAAUCCUGAAGUACAAAAACAGUUGCUACUAAGUAUAGGUGAUCACAGUUACAUAACGUUAGCAAAAGGUGGAUUAGUUCAAGACCAUUUACUUAUUAUUCCCAUGGAACAUGUUCCGGCUUCAAUCAGUUUGUCUGAUUCAGCUGAAAAGGAAAUUGAAAAGUAUAAAAAUGCUCUAGUAAGUUAUUUUCAUGACCAAGAACAUGAUGUAAUUUUCUUUGAAAGGAAUUUCGUCAGUCCCCACUUGCAAAUACAGAUUGUUCCUAUUCCUAAAUCAAGAACUUCAGGAAUCAUGGAAAUUAUUACUGAAUUUGCAGCAUCUCAGGGAUUAAAAUUUACGGAAUUAUCAAAGUUUUCGGUUUUAAAACAGGUUGCACCACCUAAAAAAUCUUACUUUUAUAUUGAAGUUGUUGUGAACAAAAAAUACAGCGGAAAACUUUUGCAUGUUAUUGAAGGCAAUUUCCCACUACAGUUUGGACGAAUGAUGCUAGCCAGCAAAUCCAUAUUAAAUGUUCCAGAUCGUGUAGAUUGGAAAGAAUGCAAAAUGUCUCCAGAUGAAGAAUUACAAGCUGCAGAACAUUUUAGGCUAAGUUUCAAGAGAUACGACUUCACCAGAAAUUAAAUCCACAUGUAUAAUUCUUUUCGCGUGUAUGUUCGUAUGCGCGACGUUAUCACAUAAAAUUUCAUUUUGUAAAUAAACAUUUUAAGAAAGA